GUAGAGCAGCAGCGCAGGCCAGGCACGACAUACAAACGCGUUUCCCUCGCAGCAACAGACUACAACGUACCACUGUACACCCUACCAAACAAACACCCUGCCACCCACAACUGCCUCUGCAAUGACCAUCUAGGUCAUCAUUGUUUUGAUGUCAGCGGGACUCAAUCUACUGAUUCAAGACCCUUGAACAAUGGUCGCUCGUACGGUGUUCGCUGGGUAUCCUGCUCUGUAACGAAGCGCUGCACACACGCCCGGUGCCUGCAUUUGGUCUGCAAAUAUGGCUUUGCUUGCUAGCCACUUGGAGCAGAUGUCGCUCUCUGCCCAAGCUAUAUCGGAAUUAGAGUUUCCCCCACCUGGGAUCUUUACCAAUGCCCUGCUCAAAGACCACGAAAUAACGACCUUGAUCCGUGAUACUGAACCCCAUGAGCGUGCACUCUUCUCACUUGACCCCAAUGCUGUGCGCAGGACACAACAAGACAGUGGUUUACGGCCUGCAGGCACCGAUGUUAUUCCUCAUGCACGUCAGAGUAUGUUUCCAGGUGGACAGUAUGCGAAGCAAUCCGUCAUUACGAGACUUCUGGGCAGUGAAAUGCUCCAAGAAAUCCGGAAAUCAAGCAGCAAUGGUGUCCGAGCUCGGGACGGCGUCAACGUCGAAGUCCUACUUCAAGGGGCAGAAAAGUUAUGUGAGGUGUAUACUGUUGCCGGAGCGAGUGAAAGAAUCAGAGCACUCCGAAAUCAUUACAGAGAGGUGUCAGCUUCUUUAUCUGCUCUUGAGAGUAAAGUGUCGAAGCAACAAACUUCGCUGGACCGUCAGAACCAGGGGCUUGACGAGUCUCAUGCAGAAUGGGAUGAUAUGAGACAUGAAAACACAAGCAGAAAUGGCGACAUGACGGAAUUUACAGAUCAAGACUUUCAACUUGAAGAAGAUGAGAUCAAAGAGUUGGAAGCAAGGAAGAGAGCCCUAGAAGAGCGUGUCGCCGGCAUGGAAAAAGACCUGGGUGGGCUUUUGAGGUGACAUUAUGGGGGAGCAAUCACUAUUGCUCAUGACAUUUCGUCUAUCCCAGCAUGGACCCGCGAAUUGUCUCGCAAAGUCGAGCAAGCAAUCGUCCCCGGAUAUAGAGACACGCAUCUCUGAUGAAGCCGGCACCCAAAUUGCCUUGCACUGCGUGCCCUACGGAUACCCCUCCGAUGCAAAGGACGCGAUACAAAAGCGCAACAUCCAAUGAGCUACAACUGCGAUCAGCGUGUCAUGACUAUAUGCCUGCCAUUGGUAUGGACACGGGCCGCCGACUGUGCGAGGAACCACGAAGACGUUGGCCUUCCAGCACUAGCUUGGCCACAACGCCUUUGCUCAUGGGGUUCUACGACCGUACGGCGCCGAAUACCCCCGACGAAGUUUGUCCAAGUCCAGUUGGCAGCGGGAAUCAUCGUCGGCCAAAGUAGCGCAACCAUACUUUCUAGGUAUGUUGGAGGCGGACAUGCGGUGCUGAGGCCCUGGUGGCGUUGUGCUAGCCCAACUUCUUCCCGGCGCACAACGAGACUUUACUACUACAGGAUCGUCUAAAAAUCGGAGAGAGCCAUGCUCAGGACCCUGCGAGCAUGCGAAUCCUGUUGGAAUGCCCUCCCGUGAAAGAGCGAGAACCAUGCAGCCAUGUAUGAUACCGCGGGCUAAUCUCAGGUGGGAGGUAGUAUAUGCUCCUACCUUCUUUGGCCAGCCUCGCGGAGUUCUCGAUCUGGUUACGUCCUGCUGCAAGUGCAGGACAUGCAUGGAGAACCACUGGUAGUAAGCCAUGCGACUACAACCCUGAAGUCCUGAGUCGCUUGGACAGGAGCGGUGUAGUGUUAGAAGGUAGAUUUCGAACUACUUGUAACCUUCGUCACAAGCCUCAUCGCAAGCCCGCAGCGUGGUAAGACGGCGCGGCAUCUGGCCCUUCAUGGAUUUUGUGCCCUGCUAGCAGAAAGAUCGCUAUCGAUCAGUCCCCCUGGAACAGCGGCAUGCGCAUCGAAUAUCGUGUAAGAGACCUGUUGACGGCACUGUGGUUGGACAAGGUUUUGGACAGCAGAGGGACGGUGCGAACCCGAUGUCAGUGCAUAGGAUUCAGGGGCCGGGCUCUGUACUAUGGGCAUGCAGGAGACUGUCCCAGUUGGGUUCGUGAGGCUGCAGUGAAAAGAUUGGGCUCGAGCUUAGGGUCCAUUAGGCUGUGCGAAAGUGGAAUAAACGGAGAUGGAGAUGGAGAACAUCCAGCAUAAAAGCUACUACGGGGUACAGUUCCUCUCGAGGCUGGGCGCAUGAGAUACAACCAGACCAAAGCCAGAACGAUAUAGGGAUGGCGGAAAGGUUUCUUCGCAUAGCCGUGGAGCUACCGUCGAACGGGUCGCCCACUUGAGCAGACGGAUACAAGGGCCACACCCGCAAACCGCACCUAGCAAAGACCUGGUAGAGGAACCCGGAAUCCACCUGUG